AUGGCCGAACCAAGCCAGCGCCGACCAAAAUACUUCCGCAAUGAUGCGCCGCUAUCAAGAAGAGAUCCCUAUAAGCAGCUGACAGCCUCUUUGACGCGUCUCGUCAAUGAGUACCCCCCGGACAAGAUCCCACCAGGCGGCGGUCUCUAUUACGGGCCAAUCUCAGUCGCAUACCUCUUCUUCGUCCUGCAACGCCACUACGAAGAGCUCACCAUCGGCGAUUUUCCCCUCGGCACGUGGUCCGCAGCCUACCUCGAGCUCGCCCAAGCUCACAUGAAAGAGUACCCCGGCCCUAAGAUCAGCAGAUGCGGCAUCAGCGACGACAUCAUGGCGCUUCUGGCAAUCGGCGCCGCGUCUGCUAAGGACGCGGACAUGGUGACGGAGCUGUGCAACUACGCUGCCGUGGCCACGGACGAGGAUGCCUCUAAUGAAUGGCUGUAUGGUCGCGCGGGGUACCUCUAUCUUCUGCGCCUUGCUAAAGCCUCCUUUCCCGAUGAUGAUAAGGUCUUGGACAUGAUCGAUGACACGGCGGACGAGGUCAUCGAAGCCAUCAUGGAGUCACCACGGCCCUGGAAAUGGCAUGGCAAGGCUUAUGUCGGCGCGGUCCACGGAGCAGUUGGCAUCAUCACGCAGAUUGUCCUCACAGAUCCCACCUGGGCGCCGAAGCUCGAGGCAGAUCUCGGCGCAUUGCUCAGUUACCAGUUCGAGAGCGGCAACUGGCCUUCCUCCAUCCCACCAGGUCGAGAUCGCCUCGUCCAGUUCUGCCACGGCGCGCCUGGCGUGGUGGCCUCGCUGGUGUCUAUAAAAGAGCACUUCCCGAACCUUAAAGCCCGCAUCGACAAGGCGAUUGAGAAAGGCAGAGAGUGCAUAUUAGAGCGCGGCCUGCUAACCAAGGAGCCUUGUCUCUGUCACGGCAUCUCAGGCAACGCCCUGGCGCUGGAUGACAAGGAAUUUGAGCAUUUCUUGACUUACACCACCGGCCACGAGAUCAAGAGCUUGGAGAAGGAUGGCAUGCUGGAGAAGUCAGAUGAUCCUAGCUCGCUGUGGUGUGGAGAGGCCGGAAGGGCGUGGACGUGGGCGGUGGCAGAUAAAGGUCUUGACAAGUUGUUCCUGGGCUACAAUGAUAUCUGA